CAUUAAGCAUCAAAUGUCACGGAGGAAAAGUAUUCUGUGCUAUCGAAGAGGCAUAUAAUUUUUCUGCAUUCGGUGGCGGAAGGGCUCGGGUUAUUUUUGCCCGAUUUUUGGAGUAAAAUAAUUAAUAUUUCCAGCUCUAUUGGAUUGACCACACGUUGGAAUAGAACUACUGGAAAACAGCCUAACCAAGAGCGAGUCGACAAUGGAAUUGCUUGAGCAGCUGCGAAAUCAGGGAUGGCAUUUGAUGCAGACAGGACUAGCACGGUUAUUGGAGGGAACCAAUGGAUCAAUUGAUGCUAAACAGGCUAUCAAGUUGGCACUUGAUAUCGACUUACGUGAAAUUGGUGGUGGCGCUUUGGCUUCUAUCACUGCUCGAGGAAACAAAUCGGAUUCCAUCGAAGGUAAUAUCGUGGUGCAGAUUCUGAAGAUCCGAAACAUUUCAGCACCGAAAGCCAAUGAAGAAUCUAAAGCGGCUCCGCGUUUGCUUAAAUUAACACUUACCGAUGGACAGAUACAGUACUCGGCACUUGAGGGUGAGCACGUUCCUUCGGUGAGCUUAGAUACGCCACCAGGGACCAAAAUUUAUUUAAAAAAUGGACCCAUCAAGAUAUCCCAAGGUUUGCUUAUUUUGAAUGCUAAUAAUAUUGCCAUACUAGGUGGAAAGGUUCCAGCACUAGUGGAGAAAUGGGAACUGGGACGGGCUAUGGCAAAAUACGCAAAAGGUGGUAGAAUGCAGCUAAGUGCUUCUGGACCUCCACCGUGGAUUGCGUUUGGACAAAAAAUUCAACAAAAUUUACCGAACGACAGAAAUUUCAAAAGCUUGCAGGUCAAGGAAAAGGAUGAGUCUAAAGAAAACGCUGAAUUCACUGCACUGCGAAAUGAUGCUAUCGCCGAAGCAACAAAAUUGGGUACGAAGAAAACGUUUGGAGGUGGUGCUAAGCAAAUGGUUGAUGCGAAUGUACAAAAAAUCAUGGAUAAAGGGUUUAGUGAGGAUCAAGCAACUCACGCGCUUAAACUAACUCGAAAUAAUGUGCAUCGUGCUUUGAGUAAUUUGCAGAGGAUAGAAGACCGAAAACAAACGCAUAGCGACAUAAAAACUGGAAAAAUAGAACCACCCCAGAAAUCAGGCAGACGAGGAAUGAGUGGAAAACGCGACUCAGAAUCAGAAGGAGCAUCUAAACCAUCGACCAAAGUAUCACUUUUUGAGUUCUUAGAAGAUAUUCUCCCAGAGAGUGACGCGAGUAACAAAAAAAAUAGUAGCAAGGAAUCGACCCCUUUCACUAGCAAGGAAAACGACCAAGUAACGGGCUAUUCAAGUAAAAUCAAUUCUAACAGUCCAUACAACACUUAUUCAAACAACCGGUCAUUCAGUGGUAAUUCUUCAAACCAAUAUCAGUCACAUUCAUCUUCACAAUACAAUAAUCCAACCAAAAGCUACAAUCAACAGCGUUUCGAAAACAAUAUUUCGAGUAGCUUUGCCAAUAGAAAUUCCCACAGCGGCCCUAAUAGCCGAAAUUUUCCACAGCUUCAGCACGAGCAGUCACAUCAAUCGAGCUCUAAUUCUCAGCAUGGGCGUAAACAAUCUGGAGACUAUAACAGCGGUCGAUAUCGAGGUCCACCAAAUGCACAGUCUAACCAUCAUGCUAAUGAUACAUAUACCCGAGGCCGCCAAGACACAAAAUACAACAAUUCUUCCUAUAAUCCGCAUCAACAACAGUCACAGUAUAGGUACGACAGCUACAAUAACAACACGGCUGCUGGUGCGCAAGGGAACAAAUAUCAACACAUCUUGAACAAUGGGAAACAGUCCAAUGUUAAUUAUGGUUAUGGACAUGGGGACUCUAAAAGCUCUCAAGGCUACUUAAACUCUGGCGAUACUAGAAAACAUUCAGAAACUGUAGCAAACCACUAUCAGCAACAACAGCCGCAUCAUCAGACACAGUUUCAUCAGCCUGGAGAGCAUAAUCAACCACAGGGAAUCAACACUAACAGCAAUAAUGUCGUUAAUCAUCCAAGCUCGCAUUACGGCAGCGCUGGCAAUUCUAAUGAACAAUCAUAUGCAAGCAGUUCCCAAAACUUCAACAGCAACAACGUUGCCAGUAUUAAGCCCCAGAAAGCAUCAAGACAUACCAAGGAUGAUUCACAAAUGUUCUCUGCCCCUUCAACAAACGCACAAUGGAGGAAACCACCAGCACCAAAGAUGGAGACUUCACAACACAAUGUCGCAGGAACUCAUCCAGUUGCUGGAAAUCAACAACCAAAUGUGUCCAGUAACAAACCUAGUGCCGUACCAGCAUCAACUAAUAUCAUCAACAAUAAUAAGAUGGCUCAGCUAACGGAUGCCACUGCAAAUAUGCAAAUCACCAAUACCAAACCCUUCAUCAGUAGUAAUUCGCAUGCACAUAAUUCGACGAAGCCAUCUCAAACUCCAAAUGGCGGUCAAGUGGGUAUAACUCCGCCUGCAUCAGCCACGGGUUUACCAAAGAAUUUUAUUCAACUCCCGAACGGGUUCAAUUACAACCCAUACCAAAUCGUAGGCUUUCAAAAUAAGCAAACUAACGAGUUUGCACUCAAUGUGCUAAAAAGCCAACAAGUCGAUCCACUUCAAUCGGUUCAUCUCGUAGCAGCUCAGUCUGGUGGGCCAUCAUCGAUUCCAGGAGUUACCAUACCAGCAACUGCGGCAGUAGUUACCGCUGGGCAUCUAGCAUCCCCCGCCCAUCCAUCGAUGCCAACCGGUGUUACUCCCAACUGGAAGGUCGGUGAUCGAUGUCUUGCCAAAUACUGGGAAGAUGGAGGGUUAUAUAAUGCCGAAAUCACUGGAAUCUCUGAAAAUACCUUCGUUGUGUGCUUUAUGGAGUAUGGAAACUAUGAAGAAGUUCUCAAAACAGAUUGCAUUCCCGUGACAGGGCCCAGUGGUGUAACUUCUGCACCGUCACUGCAUGGUCUGCCGCCGUCCCCUGCUAUGGGUUUCCAUCCAACGAAUCAUCUACAGCAUGGUGGUAAUCUAAUACCACCUUCGAAUACCGGUGCUUACCUCAGCCAAGGAGCAGACGGUCAAUCUGGGCAACACUUUAGCCAUGGCUACAAGCAACCACAUUCGAAUCAGUAUUCACACCAUCAACACCCUCCCCAUCAUCAGGCGUCUUCGCAGCAUAGGCCUUCUAAAUUCCGAGAACAGCGACCGAUGUAUGUUCCGCCGGCACAGCGGAAGUAAUCAUUUUCAUGAUCAUGCAUAGAUUCAAAUUGUCAUUGUGUCUACAUACAAAACAUGCACGCGCAUAUAGUUCAGGCGCGUGGGCCACCACUACAUUUUAACAUAAUUUCUUGUCCAUAUAGUACUAGGAGAUUAUUUUUCGUAUAACUAUUGCUGUACUUUUUGUGUCUAAGAAAAUGACAAAAAUGGAUUGAGGAAAAAUUUUACGCGGAAAUGUUUUCGUACUGAUCUAUGUUUAUUUUCUGUAUAAAAUUGUUGAAUUUCUUUAAUAAGGUGCUGGCAAUAAACUAACACAGUAAAUUUGUUCACAUAAUUUUUGGCAUGUUACAAUAUUGUGUUAUAUGUAACACAUGACACAGAAUGUGAUUUGUUCUGUCAGCAAGAGUGUUAUGAUUAAUAGUUUUUAUUGCCUCCUAGUUGGAUUGUACUAUCAGACGUAACGUGGAAUAAUAAUUAGAGUUUAGUAAUCCAAAUGCUUGUAAGCAUUUACGAAAUAUGUUGUAUUUAAUACAUGAGAAUGACUUUUUGAA